AUGGGGAGGCUGUUUUCCCUGACCUGGAUGUCGAUGGUGGCGGUGGUGACCUCUUGGUUCAUUGGAGCUGCAACCACUGACUCCUCAGAAAUGAGCAGGUGCUCUGAAUCUCACAGCAAUGCCACCUGCAUGGAGGACGGUGCCGUCACGACCUGUUCCUGCCAGGAGGGCUUCACUAGCGACGGCCUGCUGGAGUGCGAGGACCUGGACGAGUGCGCCGUGGCGGGGGCGCACAACUGCUCGGCCAACAGCCACUGCGUGAACACGCCGGGGUCCUACGGGUGCUUCUGCAGCGACGGCUUCCGCGCGACGCCCAGCCCAGUCAGCUCGGCCUGGCCCUGGGGGACGUGCUGGGUCCCAGAGCUACAGACACAGGCCCCAAUCCUGCCCUUCCUGGCUGUUUCAGAUGUCUCCCUCCUGGAGCGCAGGGUGGAGUGUGGGGCCAACGACAUCAAGGUGUCCCUGGGCAUGUGCCAGCUGAAGAGCCUGGGCUUCCAGAAGGUCUUCAUGUACCUGCGUGACAGCCAGUGCUCAGGCUUCAAGGAGAAUGGUGACCGGGACUGGGUGUCUGUGGUGACGCCAACCCAGGAUGGCCCCUGUGGGACAGUGAUGACGGUACGUCCUGGCCACUCCCUGAACAUCGGUGUGGGCGGGACAGGCACGUUCACCGUACGGAUGGCGCUCUUCCAGAACCCUGCCUACACGCAUCCCUAUGAAGGCUCCUCGGUGGUGCUGUCCACUGAGGCCUUUCUCUACGUGGGCACCAUGCUGGAUGGGGGUGACCUGUCCCGCUUUGCUCUGUUGAUGACCAACUACUAUGCCACGCCCAGCAGUAAUGCCACAGACCCCCUGAAGUGCUUCAUCAUCCAGGACAGUUGCCCAAGGUCACACAGCUGACAGGACUCAACCAUCCAAGUGGUGGAGAACGGGGAGUCCCCUCAGGGCCGAUUUUCCGUCCAGAUGUUCCGGUUUGCAGGAAACUACCACCUGGUCUACCUGCACUGUGAAGUGUAUCUCUGUGACACUGUGCAUGAGAAGUGCAAGCCUACCUGCUCUGGAACCAGAUUCCGAAGUGGGGUCGUUGUAGACCAAUCCCGUGUCCUGAACUUGGGUCCCAUCACACGGAAAAGUGUCCAGGCCACAGUCUCAAGGGCUGCUUCCAGCAGCUUGGGGCUUCUGGAGGUCUGGCUGCCUCUGCUUCUCUCGGCCACCUUGACCUUGACAUUUCAGUGACCAGCAGCAGGAAACCCUGUGCUCCAUGGCUACCGGCUCACUUCCUGCUGGCCAGGGGGGUGAUGUGGGCCAGUGCUCCAGCCACAGGAGAGGGGCUCACGCUUCAGUCUCCACUUUAAUCCUCACUACUGAAAAACAGUCUGUGUCUUUAAAUGCUGCUUUCCCUCAAAAUGGGACCUGUGAUGUGUCUGUACAUGAGGCCCCUGUCUCCUUAAGGAAUCUGGCAAAAUAAUAAUUUUAAAAUUUCA